AUGAAUUCAGCAUCUUAUUUUAAGCCAGAAGAACCGACUUUAGGUGCUCUCGGCCGCCCAACCGUUGAAAUGACUUUUAGAGGCCACCGCCAAGGUGUCCUCUGCGCUGCCUUUCAGCCUACCCAUCAUAAACUGGCCUUGAGUAGCUCGACGGGUAAACCCAGUUCUCAGGGCCGCCGCUCGGUACUCCCGCCAAAGGUUUUGACUGGUGGCACCGAUGGGACGGUGAUGUUAUGGGAUGCAAAACCAACCGUUCGUGCUCUACGCUUCCUUGGGCACCGUGGGCCGGUAUUCGGGUGCGCCUACAGCCCCAAAUCCCUCCUUAUUGCUAGUUGCGGUCACGACGGCUAUGCACGGUUGGUGACCCCUAACCUCAUGCGUACCUCCACCACAUAUCCUUCCCCUUGUAGUCUACAGCAGCGCAACGACGACUACGAGAAUUGUUUCUCCUGGCGAGUUCACUCCGGCUCCGCCCGGGCCAUCGCCUUCGCGCAGGACGGCACGGACCGGCUUUUUACCGUCGGGGAUGACAAAAGCAUCAAGUGCUGGAAUCUCAACUACGUGUCCAACACCCACAGCGGGAUCGGCUUUUGUGGGAGCAAAUUAGCGAGCUUUUCGGGGCCCCCUUCUGGGGCCACCCCGGAGGCCUCCUUUGCCGCCGCGCACACCGGCCACACGAAUUGGAUCCGCUGUCUUGCGGUCCAAGGCGCCACCGCCUCGCCGAACUUUUCCCACUGCAUCGCGAGUGGUGGGGAUGACCGGUGUGUGCACGUCUGGGAUACCCGCGCCCGACGCGCCGCGCACACCUUUUACGAGCCUAAAGCGAGCAUCCGCGGGCUGAGCUUCGGCCCGGAGGGGUACCACCUCGCGAGCGGGGAUGGGAACGGCGACAUCAACGUGUUCGACCUCCGCGUCUCGUCGUCGGCGGACCGCUCGGGGCCCACGGCGGGCGCCGCGGAGACGGGGCGCUACGGCCUGGUUCAGCGCUACCCUGCUGCCCAUGAGGGCGCCGUGCACGACGUCAGCUUCGCCCCGAGCGGGAGUUGGCUGCUCUCCGCCGGGGAGGACGGGACGGCGAAGUUGUGGGAUACCUGUGAAGGGCUGCUGUACUGCACCAUGCAGGCCCAUGACGGCCCUGUUCGCGCAAGCCGCUUCUCCGACGAUGGGCAAUUCUUCGUGACGGCCGGCAAGGAUAACGUAGUCAUGCUUUGGCGCUCUGGGAUUCCUAUUAGAACUAUGCCAUCCCGAUCUCAGAUCAAUCCGCAUGCGGAUCUCAUAGAUGAAACUUGCACGGCCACCGUAAGCCAGCUGGAUAGACAGGAAAGUGUGGUCAAGCAGCAGGGAAAUUCUCAGCAAAGCCACAUCACGGGAGGAAUCGCGGGAAGGGUGCUCGUAUCUCGGCAGGGUUCUCCGUCCAAGGGACAGCCAUCGCCUAGAGCUAGCCUGUCCAAGCUACCACCACGGCCGGCAUCACAGAAAGGCAUUAAAGCAGGCCUAAGAGGGGGGAAACUUACUGAUGCCACCGACGAGGUGCUUCAUGAUGAAGCUGCAGCCGGAUCGUCCCGUCCUGCCGCCAAUACAACUGUAGCAUCUGGACAGCAACAGCGAGAGCGUAGCUUCGAGCGAGACGAAAAGCGCUAUAGCUCGAUUACAACCCCAUAUUGCGUUCGCGUGGACGAUCGUAAAACUAACGAUUGUGGUAUAAGUCCUUUAGAUACCCGAGAAAGGCCCGAUAAAAUUUAUGAAAAGGAAGGGAAAAAGCAGACCAGCUCGGUGCAGCGUGAGAGCGAAAGCCAUGCACAUCAAGACGAAUCACCUUAUAGCAAACGCAUGGAGAACGUUGAACACGCAUUAGCCGCCUUGGCGGAGUACUUCCAGAAGCAACAAUCCCUAGUUCACCAAGAGAUAGAUAGUCUCAAAAGGCACUGGUUUACUCACAAUGAGAAGCAGCAAGAUGAUAUUCGGGGUCUCAACGCGAAGAUGGAGAAGCUAAUCGAACAGCAAUUAUUGCUGAUGAAGAGACUGGACACAUCUGCUGAAACGAAAAGUAAUGAGAACUAA